GUUGCAUAUAUAAGAUUGUUUGGCGAUAAUUCAAACAGUAUUAGCACAGACUAGACACAACACACUCGAAAUCAUGAAGACAGUCGUGGUAUUAGCAACCAUUUUUGCGGCAGCACUCGCUCUUCCUGCCGACACAUACAACCCACGUUACGAUAACUUCAACGCUCAGGAACUGGUAGAUAACGAUCGCCUACUUAAGAGUUACGUAAAAUGCUUCCUGGGAAAAGGACCUUGCACGUCAGAGGGAUCUGACUUCAAAAGGGUAAUUCCUGAAGCGCUUCGCACUAAAUGCGCCAAAUGCACGCCAAAACAACGCCAGCUGAUUCGCGUUGUCGUUCAUGGUAUCCAAACUAAGCUGCCUAGUCAAUGGGAUGAGCUUAUCAAGAAGGAAGACCCAACAGGCGAAUACGUCGAACCUUUUAAACAGUUUCUUAGUGAAUCUCAAAAAUAAAAUAUACUGUUAAUAUGCCGGUUUAACUAAAUUAUAAACUGGUCAUUAGAAUUGACACUUUGGAAAUUUAUUU